CGGCGGCGGUGGGAGGGUUUAGGAAGCUGCCCGUCGCGCUCCGGAAUGCUGGAUCGCGCUGGACGCAGUGUUCCUAGAAUUGCUAUAACGCAUGAAAAGUAACCCAAAGUUGUAUACUUCAGGGUGGCAGCCAUAUAUAAACUUCUUCCGCAGGAAGCUGGCAGGAUGUACAGUUUUUAUCACAGGUGCAAGCCGUGGUAUUGGCAAAGCUAUUGCAUUGAAAGCAGCAAAGGACGGAGCAAAUAUUGUCAUUGCUGCGAAGACCACUCAAGCACACCCCAAACUUCCAGGCACAAUCUAUACUGCUGCUGAAGAAAUUGAAGCCGCUGGAGGAAAGGCCUUGCCAUGUAUUGUUGAUGUGAGAGACGAACAGCAAAUCAGUAAUGCAGUGGAGAAAGCAGUUGAGAAAUUUGGAGGAAUUGAUGUCUUGGUGAAUAAUGCCAGUGCUAUUAGCUUGACCAACACAUUGGAAACACCUACGAAGAGGGUGGAUUUGAUGAUGAAUGUCAACACCAGAGGCACCUACCUUACGUCUAAAGCAUGUAUUCCUCAUUUGAAAAAGAGUAAAAUUGCUCAUAUCCUCAAUCUCAGCCCACCACUGAACCUAAAUCCACUGUGGUUCAAACAGCACUGUGCUUAUACCAUUGCUAAGUAUGGUAUGUCUAUGUGUGUGCUUGGAAUGGCAGAAGAAUUUAAAGGUGAAAUUGCAGUCAACGCAUUAUGGCCUAAAACAGCCAUACACACGGCUGCUAUGGAUAUGCUGGGAGGAUCCGGUAUUGAAAGCCAAUGUAGAAAAGUUGACAUCAUUGCAGAUGCUGCGUAUUCCAUUUUAAAAAAGCCUAAAAGUUUUACUGGUAACUUUAUUAUUGAUGAAAAUAUCUUAAAAGAAGAAGGAAUAAAAGAUUUUGAUGUCUAUGCAAUUAAACCAGGCCAUCCUUUGUUACCAGAUUUCUUCUUAGAUGAAUACCCGGAUACAAUUACCAAGAAAAUGGAAUCACAUGGUGCUGGUACAAAGUUGAAAGAAGAGCUGCAGCCACCAUCAAAACCACCUUCUGGAGCUGUGAAAGAAACAUUCAGAAUUGUUAAGGCCUCUCUCAGUGAUGACCUUGUUAAAGCCACUCAGGCAGUUUAUCAGUUUGAACUCUCGGGUGAAGAUGGUGGAACAUGGUUUCUUGAUCUUAAAAACAAGGGUGGGAAUGCCGGAUAUGGAGAGCCAUCUGACCAGGCAGAUGUGGUGAUGAAUAUGUCUACUGAUGAUUUUGUAAAAAUGUUUUCAGGGAAACUGAAACCAACAAUGGCCUUCAUGUCAGGAAAAUUGAAGAUUAAAGGAAACAUGGCACUAGCAAUCAAAUUGGAGAAGCUAAUGAGUCAGAUGCAAGCCAAGCUGUGAAGGAGAAGAAAAAAAUAUGUCGAUGUCUAAGUUCAGAAAAGUAAACGGGCUCAAUAGUUAAAAUCUAA